GCUUCCCAUCCCCACGCUUUUCUCACUCUCGGGUUCUCGCUUGACGCGGGUGGUUGUCUCCGCCAACGCGAUCGAAAGAAAUGGAAAAGGAAGCCGAAUCGCACAGGAGAGUGCUUCCAAACCCUCAAUCUUUUCGUUUGAAUUCCUUGGCCAGAUGUCGUUCUUGAUCGCAUUUAUUUUUUCUUGAGUCGGCGGAUAAAAGGGCCUUCGCUGUCUUGCGCUUCUCUCCUUCACCGUGGCUUCGAGGCUUCCCACGGCGUCGAACCGAGGCGCCUCUCGGCCGACGAUGGCGGGGGAUGGUGGAGGAGGACCAUGGCAUCCCCUAUCAUCAAAGCAAAGCAACGGGAUAGCUAUGAAACUGUCCGAAACCCUAGUUUCCCGUUCGUUCUUCUUGAUUUCUCUGUGUUCGAUUAAUAGAAUUCGCGUUGUCGGUUGGUUUUCAGUGGUUUCGUUUCUGAUUGUUUGACGGGUCAAGAUUGUGUUUUUCUCUCUUCAUCCUUCUCAAGAAAAGGUAAGGCAUUGCGUUUGAUUACCUCCGAGUUGGGGAAGGAGUGUAAUUUUUCAGCGGACCUCAGCAGCGGGAGGCAAGGGUGGUGGAACCAAUACGUUUCUUUCUUUCUUUCUUUUUUGGAUAAGGACCAAUAUGUUUCUUUGAGAUAGCAAGCAACGUCACUUGCCGCUUCAACAUCACCUUCAAUAUGCUUAUAAAUCUCCCUCACGGCUCCCUGUCUAAACUCUUUUUUGUUGAAAAAAUAAAAAACAAAAACCCUGUAACCUCUAGUUUCAUUCAAAGAAAUCUCAAAGUAGGAAAGUUCUGAGAUUGUUGCCCCAUGGGUCAUAAUAUUUGUAUUUUGGGAUUGCAGCCUAUUCAGGAGUCAGAAUCUGAUCGGAGUUCUUCCAGAUGAGUUUGCUAACCUUCUUGAGCGACGUUGGAUCCAUUCCGGCCGCUUGGGCUUCGCUUCCUCUCACCGGAAAUCGGAUCUCAGGGAGCAUCCCGGAAGAGCUUGGAAGAAUUACCACCCUUCAGUCCCUUGAAAUCGAUGGGAAUCCAAUCUCUGGUGAAAUUCCAAGCUUCAUGGGGAAGUGGACUAAGCUCCAAUGGCUGUACAUACAAGGAACAUCGAUGGAGGGGCCCUUUCCUCCCAUCUUCUCCACACUGGUGUUUCUAAUGCAGCUGAGGAGGGUCUUUGACUUGAAAGAAGGAGAUAUGAAGUUCCCUCUGCUGCAAAAUAUGAAGAACUUGGAAGUCCUAUAAGUAUAAAGGAAACAAAGUUAAUUUAGGACAGCAAGUAGAGCAUGUGAGUUGGUCUAUUUUGAUCUUUUGCUUGCUGAGUCCAUAUCAAUCGGAGGUAUGAUGAGUGUUAAGAAACUUAUCAAUGUCUGGUGAACUCCUGGAUUUUUUUCAGGAGAUGCCUAAUCUUGACCUCUUGUAAGUAUAUCCAGAAAUUCUCUUGGUGACUUUUGCCUUCAUUAGUCAUUUAGGUUAUAGUUCAACUAUAUGAUUUUAAUUACACAAUUUGCUAUUAUGAAUAUUUAUUACACAAUCAAUUCAUUAACAUGGGUGCUAACCUUUUCUAUUUCUUUUGUAUACUUUAUGUUUCUCUUGUAGAGAUCUAAGCUUUAACAAUCGCAGUGGUCAAAUUCCAGGCAGCGGUGAUGGACUGAGAACGAUAAGUUAUAUGUAAGCAAAUUAGAUUGACAUUGUCAUAUGCAUACUAUGAAGCAUAAACAGUGGCUUGAUGGAGAAAGUUUCAGUCUAGGGCUCCUUUUUUAUUACACACUGCA